UUCGCUCAGGUUCUGUGCAAUGUUCGGUGAAUGGUCGAUAGACUGCCGCCUUGACACGUGCUUGGGCCAAAGCCGCCUUUUCCCAUUAUGUCUUUGAUAUACAGCAUACACCACUACUGAGACACUUGCAAUCAACGCACACUCCCGAUGGAGGCUGAGAGCACCAGUGCAAAGCCUUUUGAAGGUUCAGGGGCAUCAAAGCCGGUUGACAUCCUCACCACCCAAGCGUCCGUCUUCUACGCGAACCUCCAGCCGGUCCUGCUGUUAUCCACCAUUUUCCUAAGCUUCAAGACAUUGGUAAAGGAUCCAGUCAGCACAUUGACCGGCCUUGCACCGCCGCUCGCACUCGUACAGGCCAUUUACUGCGUUGUAUGCCUCCCCUCGAGCGGUCAAGCUCCGACCCAAGCGCAUAAGCCCGGCCAGAAAAGGAAGGCACAGAAGGCUGGUCAACAUCUUUGGGCGAAGAUAACACCUGCAUUUGUGUCCACCGUCCUUACCACAACACUUUCCGCGCCAGUUCUCUACAUUGUAGUCGUCCUUUUCGGCGCACCGCUUGUCAGCCACCACCCGCAUACCUUCCUACUCGCACUACACCUCGCGCUGCUCACGACACCGCAGCUGUACUACGUACACGGUCUCGAUCCCACCACGUGGCUACAAAUCGCGAGCUUGCAAGUGCCGAUAGAUGAAACGUAUGGCAUGAGUUUGGGUGCUUGUGUUGGAGCGUGGCUAGGUGCAAUACCCAUUCCCCUUGACUGGGAUCGCGACUGGCAACGGUGGCCUGUAACCGUCGUGACGGGGUUGUACAUCGGCGCUGUAGUAGGUAAGAUUGCAGGAGGCUAUGUGUUCAAAGGCUGGAAGAUCAAGCUAUCGUGACGCAGUUGGACUUCGAAGUCAGCAAGUCCAUACACUAAUUACUGAGCAAACGCGACAAUCCCGCCUCCUGCUCAUGCUCCUCGUAACAUCACAGUCUGCCAAACAGCGAACUUGCGGUGAUAAGCGUGUUGUUCACCGAGACCAACCCCAGCGA